AAGUGUUCGAUAGGCCGCAGUAGUAGCAAGCGCUGGUGAAAAUAACCCUGAAAGCUGAACGCUGAUCGCUGAAGCGAGCACCGCCAGUCGUGUUGUGCGUCUCACAGUGUUAACUAGUGAUAUCAAACAUGGGUCUGGACACAGAAGACUGGGCAGAUGAGCUCCCUCCAGAACAAAUCGCCGUGCUUCGCAAGGCGUUCGAUGGAUUCGACCACAACCGCUCCGGCAGUAUCCCGUGCGACUUCGUGGCCGACAUCCUGAGGAUGAUGGGGCAGCCCUUCAACAAGGGCAUCCUGGAGGAACUCAUCGAGGAGGUCGACGCCGACAAGUCGGGUCGUCUUGAAUUCGGAGAGUUCGUGACGCUCGCCGCCAAGUUCAUCGUGGAGGAGGACACAGAAGCCAUGCAGAAGGAACUUAGAGAAGCAUUUAGAUUGUACGACAAGGAAGGCAACGGUUACAUUCCCACGUCGAGCCUGCGCGAGAUCCUGCGCGAGCUGGACGAGCAGCUCACGGAGGAGGAGCUGGACGGGCUUAUCCAGGAGAUCGACACCGACGGCAGCGGCACCGUCGACUUCGACGAAUUCAUGGAGAUGAUGACCGGGGAAUAAACAUCGAGGAAAACUUCUUUUUUACAAUUUUAUAUUUAAAUAUUUGUAUGUGCGUUAAUUCAUACUCAACAAAUCGGUAUGCUUAUCUACUUAUCUAUUCGUUGAAAGAUGAAAAUUUAACCCAGAUAAAAAUGAAUCUCAAUACAUUACUUCACAUAAACUUAUUCACGUAUCGUGCGCAAUAAUAUCGUUCUUGUUCUGAUGUGUGUGUCUGUGUACUGUUUAUAUUAAUAAAUUCUUUAUUCUAUUA